UUCCCAUUUCCACUCCAUAUAUACAUACACACACCUACACUUGCACUUGCACUUCCACUUCCACUUCCACUUCAAACAUUCUUAGCCCAACUUCCUCGUUGUACGAACUAGUAACGGCGCUUUACCUUUCAAAUAUGGACAUUCCUUCCAAUUGGGCUUCAUAUACUGCUGCAUGGCUAGCAACCCUUGCCCUCAUCCUCCUUUCCCGCCGCUUCUGCCGUGGCCGGCAGCUCAACUUGCCCCCCGGCCCGAAGCCUUGGCCCAUCAUCGGGAACCUCAGCCUUAUUGGUCCACUUCCCCACCACUCCAUUCAUGAGCUCUCCAAGAAGUACGGUUCCUUGAUGAGCCUCCGUUUCGGUUCCUUUCCUCUAAUUGUGGCCUCAUCUGUGGAGAUGGCACGGGCGGUUCUCAAGACACAUGAUGUAACCUUCGCGGGACGGCCCAAGUUCAAUGUUGGCAAGUACAUCACCUACAACUACUCCAACAUCACCUGGUCUCAGUAUGGCCCGUACUGGCGCCAAGCACGCAAGAUGAGCAUGAUGGAACUCUUCAAUCCGAAGCGCCUUGAGUCUUAUCGGUACAUCCGAGAAGAAGAGAUGAAGGCCUUCCUCCACGACCUUUAUGACAUGAGGAAGAGCCCGGUCACCUUGAUUGAUCACUUGUCUGACCUCAGCCUCAACGUGAUCAGCCGGAUGGUUCUGGGGAAGAAGUACACUCAGAAAACCGAUGGGUCGAUCAUGAACCCAGAGGAGUUCAAGAAUAUGAUCAAUGAGGUGUUCUUCUUCAGCGGGGCGCUGAGCAUCGGGGACUCGAUCCCUUGGAUCAAUUUCUUGGACUUGGACGGGUACAUAAAGAUGAUGAAGGCGUUGAGCAAGAAGUUUGACAGGUUCUUGGAGCAUGUUUUGGAUGAGCACAACGAGAGGAGAAGAGGUAUGGAGGACUACGUAGCCAAGGACAUGGUGGAUGUGUUGCUUCAGCUGGCUGAUGAUCCCAACCUCGAAGUGAAGCUAGAGAGACACGGAGUUAAGGCAUUCAUUCUGGACUUCAUAGCCGGUGGAACAGAUACCUCAGCUGUUAAUGUGGAGUGGGCUAUGUCGGAGUUGCUGAGGAAGCCGGAGAUCAUCGAAAAGGCCAAUGAAGAACUGAACAGGGUAAUUGGAAAAGAAAGGUGGGUCCAAGAGACAGACAUAGUGAACUUGCCCUACAUUAAUGCUAUCAUCAAAGAGGCCAUGAGGCUUCACCCCGUGGUCCCGAUGCUCGUUCCUAGGCUGUGCCGGGAGGACUGCAAGAUUGGCGACUACGACAUCCCCAGGGGCACUAGGGCGUUGGUGAGCGUUUGGACAAUCGGUAGGGAUCCAGAGAUCUGGGGCGACCCAAAUGAGUUCAGGCCCGAGAGGUUCCUAGGGAAGGAAACUGAUGUGAAGGGCCAGGACUUUGAACUAUUGCCCUUCGGGUCAGGCCGGCGAAUGUGCCCAGGGUAUCCCCUGGGGCUCAAGGUGGUCCAGGGGAGCCUCGCUAAUCUUCUACACGGGUUUGAGUGGAAGCUGCCCGGGGAGAUGAGGCCUGAGGAUCUGGACAUGGAGGAGGUCUUCGGUCUCACUACUCCUAGGAAGGUCCCUCUUCUCGCCGUUCCUAAGCCAAGGCUGCCUCCUCAUCUAUACUCUAUGUAUUAAUAUCUACGUACGGAAUCAGGACGGUCUCAUGGUGUUAGUCGAUCUUAAUUAUAUUAGGUUGGAUCGGUAAUAUUAAGUUCCUGAUUUCAUCUUUUAUAUAUUGGCUUUCAUCGUGUGGGGAUGACUGAAAAAAUGCUUGCUUAAGAUUUUGCUAA